UGUGUUGUGUGCGUGCAGGCACGAUGGGGAGAGGUCCACCGUCCUUACAGAGCCCGAAGCCAUAUCAAAGCGGCUCUGCCUUAGUCCCCUGGUAGAGGGACAGGAGGGACUGGCCGAGAGGGUGCUGACAGCCUCUGAAGGCUCCUCCUUCACCACCCCCACCCCCACCUUCCUCAAGUGCCAACAACUUCGCGAUGAAAGGGAAGCGCAAGACACUCAAUGCCAGUGACGUCCUCUCCGCCAUGGAAGAAAUGGAGUUCCAGCGGUUUGUUACGCCCCUGAAGGAGGCCCUGGAAGCGUACAGGCUGGAGCAGAAAGGCAAGAAGGAAGCUUCGGAACAGAAGAAGAAGGACAAAGACCUGAAAACGGACGCGGAGGAGCAAGACAAGAGCAGGGAUGAGGACAACGAGGAAGAGGAGGAGAGGCUAGAAGAAGAAGAACAGAACGAGGAGGAGGAGGAGGUGGACAAUUGAAUGGCGUGGGAAGACCGUGGCCUCUUGGAAGGUGCCACUCGGAAGGGUGGGACACAAUUCUGUGAGCAGUCUUCAGUGGAUGGACUGAGAAGAUGGAGAUAAGACUGGCUAGAAACAUAGCACAAAGCCAGCGCUUCCAGGACGGUAGGCACCUGAGGAGCAGCACCUUGUUUCCUUUAAUCCAUCUGGAAGGCGUGGCUUUUUUGACCAGAGGGAUUCCGAGCAGCUAAUCCAAUUAGCCAAUUGGAUCUCUCUUACGCAGUACUAUGAUUGUAUGUAUGGUUAGGCUGUUUUUGAUCCCUACUCCCUUCUUCCUUACCCGUCCCCUUCACACACACACACACACACACACACACACACAAUAAAAAUAAAACAACUUCCACCCAACCUGCUGUGUUUCAGAUCACAUCUGAGGCUCAGGAAAAAUGGGGGCUUUGAUCAUGACAGCCUGUGUUUGAUUGGGUAGUACUUGGCAGUCCUAGCUUACUAAAGAGUGAGUGCUGUAGCCUUUGGAGACUACUAAAAAGUCCUUGGAGAAAACAAAGCUGUAACCUUGCUACUUGACAGUGGGUCUUGAUGGGUUGACUGGACUUGGAACCCUUCUGUAUUGUGCAUAGUGAGUACGUGGCUUGCUGGGUGGUUGCCCCCUGGGCAGACAGGCUUUUAAUUGAGUAGUGUGUAUUUAGUCGAGUGAGGAUGCCAAUGCCGCCUUCUUACAAAACAGAUGUCUUAGUCUUAGCCGAACCUCCCUGCCUGCCCCUGUACAGCUUUUUAGGGUUCAUCUUCACACACAUGAAGGUGUAGAAUCCCAGGCUUUGUCCUGUAAUCUCACCCCCCCAACUUCUCGGCCUUUAAUUCAUGACCCUUCCAAACUUCAUAACCUUAAGGCACACUUUUUCCAUCUGCCUCUCUCCCUGCCUCUGCCCUCCGUCCCAUUCCCAUUCCUUCCUCCUCGUCUCACUUCUGCCACUCUGGGGACGCUGGUAAGCUGCUUAGUAGCUCUGGAAGGGUAGGUUCCUCUGGUUCUUUAGUUACAAUCUAAUGCCUUUUAAAACAUGAUUCUCACCCUUCUCUAAACCUUAAGGACGGUGCUCAGGAAUCUGAUUCCCCCGUACCAUCAUCCCUUUAAGUGCUUCCCGAUGGUCUCCCGGGGCCGGCCUUGGCCUUUUCCCCACUUCAGUGCUCUAAACACUUUUUGCCUCUGUUGAAUGUUUGGAGUUUGACACUUGUCAAAUGAUUAACAGUAAAAAGCUUGAUAAGUGAAUCAAGAGUCUUGAGAAAGCUAUAAUGUGUUUUAUAAAUAAAGAACAUUCUUGUUUAA